AUGAGCGCCAUGGACGUGAAUGAACAAUCAGAGUCGCCCCUUCAAACCAAGGCUCCAUUUCUAUCCUUGAAUGACGAUGUUCUUUCCUUGAUCCUCUCCGACCUCUCCACCCACGAUGCCCUCCAAUUGUCAGCUACGGCUCGCGAUGUUCAUUUCAUCGCGAAGCAACGUGCUCUUCAAGAAGUGAAAAUGACAACAAAUGCAUCCGCAGCACGGAUAUGCACCUAUCUGCUCGGCGACAUCCCGAAUCGCCUCCAUCUGGUCCGCGACCUCACCGUCCGGCUUGAUUUCACGACGUACGUCAAUCCAGACGGGAAACCCUUCUACAGCGAGAGUGCGAUCACCGCCGCACACCUCUUCGCAUCUGUCCUUGGAGAUGCUAUUUAUCUCAGAUCGCUCCAUCUGACCUCUGUCGGCAUUCUGCUACAAGUGCAGCCCCGUAUUGGCCCGGCGCUCUCGGCUCUCACCAAUUUGCGUCUUCUGGACUUGCAGCUCAUAGGGUCUACUGACGGAUUCACGGUGCUCCGCGAAAUUCGCUGUAGGCCAGAGGAGUUGAAACUCAGUGUGGGCACUGCGCGCACCGCAGGCAUGCAUACUGUGGACGUGAACGAAGUACUAUCCUGUCUUCAAGAUAUGCAGACCAUCAAACGCCUUACUUUGUCGCAUAUCAACGAACAGCGCUUCGACGACAGGCUUGUUCUCAAGUUCAGCGACCCACCGAGCUCGUGGUCGACAGUGCACGAUUUGUCUCUGCUCCGGUGCCGCAUGCCCAUGCGGUUGGCGGUGCUCGCUUUCCCAAACUUGCGCGUGCUCCGGGUCAACCAGCCUAUUUCCUGUCCACCUCCAAAACCUGACUCGGAGCAGACGGUCUGCUGGUCGAACUUGGAUUUCGUGGAGGGGCCCAUCGAGCUCCUGUACGAGUGGCCGUUCACCUGUCCAAUCCACCACCUAUCACUUCAGUCGGUGCUCGCCAUGCCAUAUCACGGUUCUACGUGGGGGCGGCCUCCGCCGGGUGCUGAUCUCGCGGCCACCUUGAACCUAGUGAAGCGGGCAUCCCCGCGCGUGCUCGAAUUGUCGAUCAUGGCAUACCCGGCGCUGGGCCCUGCGUUCUGGGCAGAGCUGGCUAGACAGGCUCCGGGAUUGCGCAGUCUCGCGGUCAAACUGUGCUCUUUCAGUGAUGACGAAGAAUUCUUGACGCGUACAUUCAUGGAUUUCAUGGAAACGCUGUCAGCUGCUCUCGGCUCAAUAUCAACCCUAGUUCACGUCCGACUGUGCAUUCUGUCUUCUCUUUUGCCAGAUGAUCCCACGCAUGUUCUCCCAGAAAAGCUGACAUCGACCUUCAUCAAAGCACUUCCGUCCCUCUGCUACGUAUCGUUGUCUAUGAAGAGGCAUCAGGACUUGACAGAGUCUCCUUGGGAGGGCCAGGAUUCGUGGAGAAUUAUAAGCAGUGAUAAAGAACGGAAACUCGAAAGUAUCGAGUCAAAGUUGGAAGAGCGUAUGAGAGAGCGUAUAGUCGCGCUGGAGUUCAAUCCAGCUGUUGACCUUGAUGAAUCACGGAUUUGA